GGGGGCCGGUCCGAGGCCACGCUGCCCGCGGGGUCUAGGGUGGAGGAGCCCGGGCGCGCAGUGCCGGGAGGAGACACCGGCCGGAGGCAGCAGGCGACCGGGGGCGGAGGAUGGCGGGGCUGGCGGGAGGAAGGAGAGAGGCCGCGGGCGGCAGAGGAGGGAGAGGAUGGAGAACCUGGGGCUGGGCUGGAGGACACUGGGUCCUCGCGACGCUGGAGCCGCGGAGCGACUAUGAUGAGAGGAGCCACCUGCAUGAUGCAUUUACACAGAUGAUCCUCUCCCUCCAGGAGGUGGCUGCAGCUCAGGGGUCCUUUAAGGCUGCUUUCCCUAGUGCUGCAGCAAAAAUGAAGAGGACCAUUCAUCACCUUAAAAAAGUCCAGGACUGCAUCCUUCCUUGUGGUGUCCAGGAGGCCACUAGGCGUUUCAACUGCUGGGGCUGUUUCUCCACAAUCUGUGACCUCCCUCUAGACUGUCCAGGUGAGAGGGCGGCGCCGGGAUGCCAGGGAAAGGGCGGGGCUUGUGCAGGCCUACCAGGAUCACCUUGUCUCUCUCCAGUUCAGGACGUGACGGUGAAGCGAGGGCAUCAGGCUUUGUUUUCUUGUAUCGUGGGCUUCCAAUUGCCAGAAUCGGAGCUCACUUACUCCUGGAAAUUCGCGGCAGGAGGUCUCCGGACUCAGGACGUGUCCUACUUCCGUGAUGUGCCAGGCGCCCACGGGUACCUGGCGCGAAUCCGGCCAGUGCAACCCACGCACCGGGGGACCUUCUCCUGCGUGAUCCUGCACGACCAGCGCCCCCUGGCACGGCUCUACUUCUAUCUGAACGUGACUGGCCCUCCUCCGCCUGGGGAGACUGAGCUCCAGAUGACGUUCCGGGAAGUGAUGAAUUGGACGCCGCGGGAGGCGGAAAUGAUCGAGCCCUGGAAGCCCAGCCUAGGCGAACUGCUUGCCUGGCCCUCGGCUCUGACGCUUGACAACCUGUUCCUGAUCGCGGCAACCGCUGCACUAUUGUCUGCUAGUGUCACUGUCCUAGUGUGGGUGUUUUUUCGAUGGUACUUAAGUGGCGACUAACAAGGGUAUCUGCCCUGAUCUGACAUUCAUCCCUGAAAUAAAGAAUGUAUUUCAGUUA